GACUUCUCAGUUUCACCUUUUUAGCUUGAUGUCCCCCGUCUGACUUAUUUGCGCACUCUAUUAGUACAUUUGUUUUAGCCAGAGAUGGAGGAGCUCGAAAUUCUUCCCAGAGAUGCGUACCUGCACCCUAUCAGCAUCACCCGCGCCCCCUGCACCAUCCAGUGGUGGUUUUCAACAAAGCGCAAGAAUAUCGACUUUGGCCUGUUUUACCGCCGGGCGCCAGCAGCUGGCGGCUACAGCGACGAUGGCGCAUCCGCACACCUUACGCCGCUCGGAACCAUCGGCAAAGCAGGUGGACUUUCGACCGCCGCAGGCAGCACCACAGUGACCCCAAUACCGACGCCCAAAGUGGCUGGCACAGCAUCGUUCCGCGGCAAAAAGAAUCCCUCAUCGGCGUCUUCCGGCCAGCUGGCCGAGCCGGACGUGCGGACAGCGAACCCGGCCCGAUCACAGAGCGACCUGGCGGCGAAGCAGCGCGGAGGGUAUUUCAAACUGCAGGACAAGAAUGUGACCGAGCUAAUCCCGCUCAAGCACUACGAGUCAUCGAGGUCGACCAUCAAGGGCUCGUGGAACGCGGCCGAGCCCGGCACAUACAUUUUGUAUUUCGACAACUCGUUCUCGAAAAACACCUCCAAGCGGCUCUCUAUGUGCGUUGCCGUCAAGGAGAAGGCAACUGAGGCUACCGAGGACGUCCCAGCUGUGGUUCAGAGCGGAUGGCUGUUGAAGAAGAAGCGCAAGAGAAUGCAGGGGUGGGCCAACCGCUGGUUUUCACUACAGGGUCGCUGGUUGUCGUAUUCGACGACUGAAGGCGGUGUUGUGCGCUCAAAGGUUGACAUUGUUAACGCAGUCGUGUCGAUGUCCAAGGAGGACCGCAUCAUCAUUGUCGAUGGCGACGAAGGAUUCAUGCAGCUGCGUGCCCUCAGCGAUGACGAUUUCAGCUCCUGGGUCACAGCCUUCCAGAAUGUCAAAGACCAGGCAGCUCAGCAUCCAGCGACUGUGACCAUAUCAACAGAUGCCGGAUUCAACAAUUCCACCCAGCUCCGCCCGUCUGUUACCUGCAAUACCGUCCCGCCGGCAGCGACUGGCGGUGUGAAGGCAGACAGCCGGCAUUUGCAGCUGCUGCAGGCCAGCAUGGAUGAUUCUAUCAGCCAGCUGCAGAGGCUGGCUAAUAAUGUCGGCAGCAUUCCAGUCGCAACAUUCCAGAGCCAGGCGCUCAUGUACCUGCGUCUGCUCAAGGACAACGCCAGCAUCCUGAUUCACCACCUGUCUGACCACGAGGUGGCAGUGCAACAGCAGGAGCAGUCGGACCGCCAGGACAGCCAAUCCCAGAUGCCAAAUCUCUUUGUGUGCAGAGAUACCGGAUCCGCACCACCCACCAUCGCGCACACAGACUCGCGCAUGUCGUUCCUGUCUGCCUCCGGGUCCGACAUAUUUUAUGAUACAAACGAGGUUCUGGAGGUUGCACACGAGGAUCUCAAGCUGUCGCCGUCACCCAAGUUGUCGCCAACAGACGCCCCAGCUUUUGAGUCACCUGUUGCUGGCAAGAUCCCCGCCAUCACUACCAAUGGAAGCCCGAGGUCCACCAUCAGAUGGCGGCACACCUACGACGAUGCCGACAGCAUCAGCGACAGCGACAAUGACGACGCGUUCUAUGGAGACAGCGCAAACCACAGCAGCACCAACCGCAAUAUCCGCAUGCACCGCGAUCUGAUCCGCGACCCCGAUUUUGUCGAGGCCAUGCCGCGCCCAUCGACAUCUGAGCCAUACCCUGCAUCUCCUUUGAAACAGGAUCAGGAUACGGAAUACACGGAUCUUGACAAUAGGCCCGAGGUUACGCUGGACCGUGUCAAGGACCAAAUUGUUGGCCACGAGCCACGCACAGAGCUCCCGGCGAUAAUGUGCGAGGCGAACGUCAGUCUGAUCUCAAUUCUGCGCAAGAACGUCGGCAAGGACCUGACCAGCAUUGCGAUGCCGCUGGUUAUGAAUGAGCCCAUCAACGCGCUACAGGCGCUUCGCAUUUUAGCCAGGGCCGACGAGAUGGGCGACAGUAUUGAUCGACUGAUGUAUGUUGCAGCUUUCGCUAUCAGUACACUGUCAUCAAAGAAGCACCGCGCUGAGCGCAAGCCCUUCAACCCGCUUUUGGGCGAGACGUAUGAGAAAGUCGAUCCGCACAUGGGCUUCCGCUUUGUGUCUGAGAAGGUCUCGCACCACCCACCGGUCAUGGCCUGCUACGCAGACUCGCCCAACUACCGUUUCUGGCAAGAUUCGUCGGGCAAGAGCAAGUUCUGGGGUAAGUCGAUGGAAAUGAUCCAGACGUCGAACGUGCACAUUGAGCUGCUGAAACACGGCGAUCAUUUUACAUACGGCAAGCCCUCAGCGUUGGAGGGCGGCAUGUUCAGCUCGUCCAACGACAUGGUUGAGUGCCACCUGCACCGCAAAGGGGACGACAAGGUUGACCGCGUUUUGCGCGGCAACUGGCCAACGCAGCUGCGGCACGAAAAGUCCACCACAAAAUCCAAGCAUGAGUUGGAGGAGGCACAGCGGGAGCGCAAGCGCGAGCGGGACGCCAAGGGCGAGGAAUGGAAGGACAAAAUGUACAGCGAGACAGGCAGGUCGUGGCAAUACAAAGGCGGGUAUUGGGAUGACCGUGCAAACCACACGUUUGAUCCUGCCGCCAAGCUGUGGUAAUAUCCAUCUGCUUUCUGUGAAUUCCUUUAAUAGAUUCAUUAAUUCAAGCUGGG